AUGUCUUUCUCCAAUACUUCCACCGGCGACAAGCCCGCCGACCCUUAUAAGCAAUCGAACGCUGAAGAGCCUGACCUGAAGACUAAGAUCGAUGAACUCGUGGAGUUUAUGACGAGAACCAAGUUUGGCAUGAUGACCACUCACGAUUCAUCAAGCCAGAAUCUAGUAUCGCGCGCCAUGGCCCUUGCCGCCACUGAAACCCAAGGCAUUGACCUCCUCUUCCACACCAACACCGAGUCUGGGAAGACAGACGAUCUGUCCGCUGAUCCCCACGUCAACAUGUCCUUCAUUGACUCCUCUGGCCAGUGGGCCUCUGUCGCCGGCAACGCCAGCGUCGUGACGGACCGCGACUAUGUCAAGAAGCACUACAGUCCUGCACUCAAGGCGUGGCUAGGCGAUCUGGGCGAUGGCACUCACGAUGGCUCCGAGAACGACCCUCGCAUCGGUAUCAUCCGUAUCAAGAUGGGCACUGCCACGUAUUCAGUUACCCACAAGAACUUUGUCUCACGGGCUGCCGAGGUGGCUACGGGCGCCGUGACGGGCAAGCCAGCGUCGGUGAACGCGCUGAGGGAGAUUUCGGCCCAGGAGGUCGAGCAGUGGAGGAAGGUGUCUUCUUGA